GUCAGUUAUAAAUAAUGUUAUAUGUGAAGAUUAUAGUUAUGGGAUGAGCAGUAAAUCCAGUGUCCCCUAGAGGCUGCAGAAUUCAUCACAGCCACAAGACACUCGCUGUGUGUCGUGUGAAAACUGUCCAGAGGAGGUCAGUAGAGGGACAGGUCCCGGAGUCGAGCUGUGAUCCUGCUCCCCCAGGGGGCGCUGUCAGGGGGAGUAGGUGCAGCCUCCCCUCUGAGCUGCAGGAUAGUCAGGCUGCUGCUGGUCUGUCUGACACUUGGACAUCGAGCCUCAACACCGAUCUUCCUCUUUUACCUUUCAGCUGAUCUCUGGACCGUCAGCAGGACAUGUCCAACAGCUCCGAGAGAAACACGACGGCCGCGGUCGACUGGUCUGAGGUGUAUGAAGCCGUCAGGUGCGUCCAGCUGGUCAUGGCUCUGCUCAGUGUCCUGGGCUCGGGCUCCGUCAUCGUCUGUGUGAUGUCACAGAGACUCAGCCGGACGCCGGAGCUUCAGCCUCUUUUCCUGCUCAGCGUGUCCGACCUGCUGCUCGCCCUCUGCUGGCUGAUCGGAGCCGCUGUGUUCUCAGAGAGCUGCAGCGGCCUCAGCACACACUGCUACAACCUGCACACUGUGGAGCAGGUUCUCUACAUGUCCUCGUUCUUCUACACACUGAACUACAUGUGGAACCUUUACAGAGGAGUGAGAGAGAAGCUCUACAGCUGCCUGGAGGGAUACUCUGUACAGUUUUCGAACACAGUGAGAACAGCUGAUAAAACCACGGCUCUGCUCUCAGGGCUGGUUCCUCUGCUGCUCAUGACGCCCGUGUUCAUACAAGGAAACAUCAGCCAAUGUCAGACCAACUUCAGUCUGCCGUACAGGUGUCUGCUGAUGGACACUGGAGCGCUGUACCUGACCUCAGAGCUCCAGCAGCCAAUCAGAGCCUGCCGCCUGCUGCACACCUACGCCAUCGCCGUCUUCCUCAUCACCUUCGUCCUCACACUCCUCAUCAUCACAGUCUUCAUGGUGAAAGCGCGUCGCAUUUACAGGCGGGUUGUGACCUCAAGCGGUUACCUUGGCAACGAGCAGCGGACCUCUUUCCGUGUGAUGGACCGACGGAUGCUGCUGUACCCGCUGGUCUUCAUCCUCUGCUGGGGUCCAGCCGUGGCCCUGGCGUUCCUGCGGGUGGUGAAGCCGUCAGCGUGUCAGGGCGAAUCCGCGGCCGUCCUCUACGUCUCACAGACGUUCACCUCGGCCUCGCAGGGUUUCCUCAACUGUCUGGUCUACGGCUGGAUGCACACAAGCCUUCGCCGCGCCGGCAGGUCGAUUCUGUCUCGGGACGUGGACACUCAGACGCCUCUGCUGUCGUCACAGAAGAAGAAAAACUACCAGGCGCUGCCCCACAUCAGCUGAGACAGACAGACAGACAGGGAGGGACAAACUGUUCACUACAUCUGCAGUAAGGACACGAGAGGAAAGUCUGAACUUUCACUUUCCACUGAGGGAAAACACCUGUGAUGUGGAACCUCUGAAAAGGGGAAGAAGAAGAAGGAGGGGGGGUUUACGUCAAGAGGAAGAAGGACAGAAACAGGAUUUGAAAGAGUCAGACGGCUGCCUCCUUUUAUUUGACUCCAGGUCAGUUGGCACCUGCUGCUCAGCGUCAGCACAACAACACGUAUGUUCACUUUGUGAACAGAAGCAGAAAACAUCCUAUUUGAAUUAGUUUAGUCUGAAAACAAAUAAAAACAUCUUUGACAGUUUACACAGGACGGAGAAAAGACCCACGUCCUCAAACGUCUCACAUCAACAUGAACAAUUCACUGAACCUCACUCACCAACUCCAACCAGAGUUUAGCUCUGCACAGAUUCUGGCUUUUCAAAUUAAAAGUCUUCAGUGAUGUGAGGAGUUUGUAGCAGAAUGUUCUGAUGAAGGUCAAAGGUCACAGUGAAGACGAGAGAGAGAGAGAGAGAGAGAGAGAGAGAGAGAGAGAG